CAUGGAGUUAGUGUACACUGCAAGAGCAGCAACACUGCACCUGUUCCUCUUCCCAGACUCUCCCCUUCUCUGUCUCUCUCUUUCACCUUUACACCAGACAGCCAAACAAGAGGGAGCAGAAAGGGGUCAACAUGGAUCCCAACCAGGCCAGUGGGAAUGACAGAGAAAGUGAAAAGGGGGAGAAGAAAGAGAAGGAUAAAGGCAUUAAAAGGAGAAACAGACUUUUUAUAAGAUACCUGGAAAGGAGGAAGACAGAUACUAUUGUGGAUGAGGACGCUUCCAAAGGUGACAUCAGCAUCUCAACCUUGGUGAGAAGGAGCCAUUCUGACAAGACUGAGUAUAGCGCUAAACUUAAAGAGAAAAUGUCCCCGCAUGAUCUCUCCUCACCCACAUCCCCAGCCAUGGAUCCAGAAGAGAUCCGCCAUAGAAGGAUGGUAAAAAGGUCAAAGGUCAUCGAGGAGCUGGUUAGGACAGAGGGAGACUAUCAAAAGGACUUGGAGCUCUGCAUAAGCGAGGUUUUGCUUCCUUUAAGAGCAGCCCAGGUGGUGGAUAUAGAUCGACUGUUCACCAACAUUGAGUCUGUGUGUGUUGUCUCUGCUGAACUGCUCCAAAGACUGAGAGAUGCCAUAGCUGACCCUGACCCCGAAACUCAACUCAUAGGAGAAGUGUUUAUCCAAGCCAAAGCUGUCAUGGAGGAUGUAUACAAAAUUUACUGCUAUCAUCACGACGAGGCGAAUGCUUUGCUCAAGUCUUAUGAAGCACAGGAUGACAUCCAGCAGCAUUUUAGAAGAUGCAUAUCCACACUCAAGAAAAUAUACGACCAAGAAGGGAAGCCCAAUUUGCUUGAUAUGGGCUCUCUGCUUAUUAAACCGGUGCAGCGUAUUAUGAAAUACCCGCUGCUAUUGGCUGAGCUGUGGAAUGCCACACCCACAGACCACCCUGACAACAGGCCCCUACAGGAAGCUCUGACCACUGUAAAGAUUAUUAACAUCAACAUUAACGAGUUCAAGAGGAGAAAAGACAUAGUGCUGAAGUAUAAGAGGAGUGAUGAUGAAACCUCACUGAUCGGUAAACUCAACAAGUUCAACAUUCAUUCAAUCAGAAAGAAAUCCGACCGACUGACAAGCUAUUUCAAGAUUCUCACUGGUGUCGAGCCACAGGUGAGAGAUGAGGCGUUUGACAAAGAGGAAAAGCUUUUCCGUAGCCUGGAGAAAGCUGUGAGACAGCUGGUGAAAAACAUCACCUGCUACUUGCUCUAUACUCAGGAGAUGAUAUCUAUUGCUGUUCAAAAUGCACAGGACCUAGAAGCUAUAAUGAAGGAUCCAGACAAAAUAGACACAAAUGGCUUUCAGCAAAAGAAGAACGGCAAUGAUCCAUACAAACAGUUUAAAGAUCAUAUGGAGCGUCUUGUUCUUGCUCCACUCUCAAGCCUGCUGGGAAUGUUUGCAUCGCCCCAGAAGCUGAUACAGAAGCGCUACGACAAACUGUUGGACUACUGCAGCCAGCUGGAUUCCCGAUCCUCCAAAGAGGAGCAGGGCCAGGCCAAAAAAGAUUACCUGGCCCUCAAUGCACAGCUGCUUGAGGAGCUGCAGUGCUUCAACCGAGCUGUCAGGACGAUCCUCACCAACUGCUUGAUUUGUGUAGUAAAAUUAAUUAGAAAGCUGAUGGAAGACGCUCAGCCGCCUGUUCAUCAGAUACCGGUUCCCUUGUCGAACUUUAGUGAAGUCCAAAACUCAAUCAUGGAGGAGCUGAGCAACCUUGGAUUCUUCAAAGAUAAUUCCCAAAAGCUGAUGGAGCGCAAAGUGAGCUUUGAAAAACGGGACAAGAAAACGGUCCCAGAGAUCCCCAGACAGACAGAGGAGCACAGAGCCUGGCUCCUGGAAGAGUUUGCAGUGGAUCGUCUCUAUCAGCUCAAGCGUAACUGCAACGCCUGUCAGGAAAAUGACGUGAGUCUGCUGGAGGGGGAGCUGGUGGCUCUGCUGGAAGACAAAGACCCUAUGGGAAGCAGCAGCCGCUGGCUAGUGCAUACUGGGAGUACGCAGGGCUAUGUGUACUCCUCCUUCCUGAAAGCCUACAACCCCCAGCGGGAGGUGAGCGAGAGGCCAGAUGACUUUGACAAUCUGAGUCUGUUCGUGUCGAACAGCAGGAGCAGCAGCAUGCGGAGCUUCAGUCCGUACAGCACUUCCGACGGUCUGUCCCCUCAGUCUGUACCACAGGACGAGCCGGACUCCUCCGACGAACAACAUUUCUACGCGGUUUAUGCAUUCCAGGCCCGCUGUGAACAAGAGCUCACGCUUCAGGAGUACCAGCAUGUUCGUAUCCUUCAGUUCUCAGACCUCGUUGGCAACAAAGACUGGUGGCUGGCCGAAUCCAACGGACAAAAAGGCUACGUCCCGGCAAAUUACCUUGGAAAGAUGUCGUAUGCUUAAAACCAUUUUUGUUUUAAUCUGUUAAUAUUUUAAACUUUAUUUAAAAGAAGAAGAAUAUGAAUAUAGCUUUUAAAUUAUUCGCUUAAUGAAGGCCACCCCUGCACAAAUAUUUUUGCACAUGUGAUGCUACCGACAGUGUUUUCUUGAAUUAUAUACAAAUCGUUAUAGAGAGCUUGUUAAUCAAAAAAAUGUAUUUUAACUAAUUGUAUAUAGCAAUAUUAAUAUAUAAAAGAUUAUGUGAUGAAUAAAAUAUUUACGAUCAUG